CCCUCGCACCGCAGACCCCCGCCAAGUCGUCGUCUAUCAUUCGCCUCCACCAGUGGCAGUUUCCGGAACAACGAUUUCUCGUCUUCCCUGAAUCCUCCCCCAAAUUCAAGAUGUCUGAAGAACCAUUUAGGCCACGUGAGAAACUUAUUGAAAAGCAAAAAUAUUUCCAGAGCAUCCACAAACACACUUAUCUUAAGGGGCCAAUGGAUAAGGUGACCUCUGUUGCCAUUCCAAUUGCUUUGGCAGCUUCGUCGUUGUAUCUUAUAGGACGGGGAAUUUAUAACAUGUCACACGGGAUUGGAAAGAAGGAAUGAUUUCAAAGAUCCAUCUUAAUCUUUAUCUAAUAAUUGCUUAGUUGCAUACUUGGUUACCAAUUGGUUUGAAUAUCAAUCUCAGAUUCCUUGUUGUGCGUGGGAUGGUUUGUCUCAGAUUAUCGUUUUUGCCCCCUUUGUAGAAAUUGUUUGGUUGAGUUUGCUUUCCUGUGAUCUGAUUAUAUUUAAGAAGUGAGCAGCAUAUCCAUAAAAACUGUUUCU